UUUCUAAGGGAAUUAGGGUCCCUCACGUGGGAUGUGGCCCGAGUGUUUUGUGAACGGGUGGCUACCGGUAACUCUCGGAGCCAGUAGAGAAACCUUAAAAUCUUUUCCCCGGUCUUUCAAGAAAAACCUUAAUCUUAGUCGUGAGAAAGUAUCUGGGCGAAGCUGUAGCGCUUGAGGGCAAGAAGCUGGAAAACCGCUGUUAAAGAGUGGUGUUUAAGCGUCCCCCCCCCACCCUCGUUUUGGGGUGAGAAGAUCCUCUGGCGGUGCUGGCGAGCUGUGUGCCCUGGCCUCCAUGGGGCCGCGUUUUACACUUUUGCUGGCGGCUCUGGCCGACUGCCUGUGUCCGGCAAGGCCCUGCAUCAUGUGUGACCCGUUUGUAGUGGCUGCGCUAAAGACUUUGGAGCAGAGUUACCUGCCUAGCCAUCUGGCACCUGAGCAUCACGAAAACGUAAUGAAGAGGCUAGAGCAGGCAGUGAACGACUUCAAGGACCUGCCUUUGAAUCAGGCUACCUAUGUGGGAGCCGUGGAUGAGGACACACUGGAACAGGCAUCCUGGAGUUUUCUGAAGGAUCUGAAACGUAUCACGGACAGUGAUGUAAAAGGAGAGCUCUUUAUAAAGGAAUUAUUUUGGAUGCUCCGUCUGCAAAAGGACAUCUUCGCCACCCUUGCUACACGUUUCCAAAAGGAAGUUUAUUGUCCCAACCAAUGCGGCACGAUGUUGCAGACUCUGGUCUGGUGUAAUAGGUGCGAGAAGCAGGUCCACACUUGUCGGAAAUCCAUGGACUGUGGGGAGCGCCGGAUAGAGGUGCAUCGCUUGGAAGACAUGGUUCUGGACUGCCAGCUCAGUUGGCAUCAUGCUUCUGAGGGACUUACGGAUUACAGUUUUUACAAGGUUUGGGGGAACAAUUCUGAGACCUUGCUGUCCAAGGGGAAAGAUCCCUACCUGACCAAGUCGAUGGUGGGCCCAGAGGAUGCCGGCUACUACCGCUGUGAGCUGGGAACCAUCAACGCGGGUCCUGCCACUAUUAUCCAUUUUCGUGUCAUAGUAUUGCCUCAAAGGACAUUUGAGGAAAAACCGGCAACAAACAUCAUAACCCAGGAGGUGGAGGCCCCUGGCCAGGUGACUGCAGAGAACCCGGAGCCCAUAAUUACGAUCAGCCAUCACCCGAAACCAGAGAGAAAUCUGAAAAACGGCCUCUUAAUACUGUUGAUCCUUGGCUUCGUAGUUCUGGUGGCCAGCAUCAUUGCCUCGGUACUGUACUUUAGGAAAGCUAGAGCGAAAUUGAAGACCUCAAGUUUGGACAUCACGUCCUUACCGACGGAAUACAAGUCAUCCGAGUUGGAGCCGACCUCUUUCCAGCUGGAGUCGGCCCUACCGGUAGAAUCACAGUUCGCUGAGAGUAUCGUUGAGGAAACAGAGGAAAAGGAGGAAUCAGAAAGCCAAUAAAGAUUUGACCUGUUGUCUCAGUA